CUCCCUCUCUGUGGUAUUUUUUUUGUCUCUGUCUCUGUGGUGUCUCACAAAGGAAGCGCACAGUUGCCCUUCUCAGCACUGAAGCAUCGAAUAUGGUUCUGAUCAAUCUUCUUUUCUUCCUCUUGACCUUUUAUCAACUCAUUGGUGAUUUGGAUGCUACACUUUGCCCAAAAGGUCAGGGAGAAAAGAGGAUUAACGGACAUAGCAUCUGUGAAGUCUGUACUGAUGAACAUUACCGGCCUGAAAAAAAUAAAUCCCCAGAUUGCAGUCAGUGCACAAAGUGUGAUGGAAAACGGUGGAGUCACAUUAAACAGAAAUGCACGAAAGAGACAGACACGAUAUGUCAGUGCCGUGGAGAUUUUGUUCCCUUGGAGCUCGAUUCUUCAACUUGCAAAUGUGACAUUGGCUUUGGACUGAGAAAUGGAGAAUGUUCAAAAUGUGAAGCUGGAUAUUUCAGCAUUGGGGUCAACUCGCCCUGUCAAAAAUGGAGAGAAUGUAAAUCAGGAGUGAACAGAACUGGGACCUCAACCUCUGAUGUCACCUGCAAUGAGUUGGAGAGUAACCCUGGUGUUACUGCACCCUUCAUCACACGCUUAACACCCCACCGACCACAUGAGAAGACCAAUACUCACAAUGUAUAUACCACCACCUCCACAGCAGCUCCUCGGGGACACACAGUCACUAAAAAGCACAAAGAAAAAGUGGAUCCUUUCCCCUCCUCAAACACAGGCAUGGUCCUGGUCAUGCUCGGAAUUGUCGGACUGCUCCUUCUGACCGCGGUGACUUGCAAGCUGCACAUCAAUCCGUGUGAGCAGAGAAAACCAGCAGUGCAAACAAAUGACUCAUUGUGCCGGAGGCCAGUUGAGGAGAGUGGCGAUAGCAGUCUGUCCUCUCUCAAACUGAAUCCAGGCGAACCAUGAGGUGAACUCUCCGUGAAAUGAGUGUGUCGAAUAAUACUGUGAAUUUUUAAAUCGUAUAAUCAUCACAUGAAUAAUUUCAUUCUAUCCUUGAAAUACAUGAGAUCUGUAUUCACGUUCUGCACCGUAGUCAAUAUUUGACUGUUCUGUCGUAAUAGAGUAUCAGUUAUAUGAAAGAUCUGCAUGCAUCAUACCUAGCUUUUAUCAUGAUAUUUAUCAACUUAAAUUUAAAUAGUAAAAUAGAGCUUUUACUAUUCAAGCUGUGAUGCUUUCUUUAGGAAGGUUUCACUCAAAACACAAAAUACUCUCUGUUUAACCUUACAAUUAUCGCGAAUAUGGAUAUGCUGAUUUUUGUUUAAUGACGUAGAUGCCACUAAAUGCACUGAUAUUGUAUUCCUGCUGCUUUUAAAAGCCCUACGACCUCAUUUCAUGUAUUAUGGUUUAAUAGUGACUAUUUUCUGAGAAAUGUACAAUAUGCAUAGUAUGUUCUUGUAACAAUCAAUCAAACUGCUCAAGAGCCUUUGAAAAACAUUUUACUUUAUUCAUGCAGUCCCUUUGUGUCUAUUUCUUUUGUUUUUUUCCCAGUUCUGUUCCACUGGUAGCAAGUAUGUUAACCUGAAAAUAGUAAUAGUAGAAAACAACAUGCUUUCAGUAGGGUUGGGGGAGUUCCCCUUUGGGUGUUAAAUGUGCUUCUUUUUCCCACUCAUUUCCUCCCAUGUCUUCAUUUCAACCGUUGGAGAGACUGACUUUAUAUAUGUGAGGACUUUCAUGUUGUUUAUAACUCAUUGGAGACUUUCCCCAGAUGAGCACACUCAGAGGAGUUGUGGAAGCAUGCCCUCAUUAUUUUUCUUACAUUUUUGUUUUGCUAAGAAAUCAGUUAUGCAAGCCUUUAUAAUCACAGGUGGCUUGACUCAACUAGUUCUACAAUUAGGAUCUGCAGUUUAGUUUAACAUGCUUCAAGAAAAAUAAUUGAACUGAUAUUUCUUAUUUAAAAACAGAAGUAUUCAUGUCCUUAUAUUUAAAAUUUUUUUAACAAGUGAGAGAAGACACAUUUACAGGUUUGGUUAGAAACAUAUAGGGUGGGCUACAACAAUUACAAUAAGACAUUAGAUGCAAAAAGAUGACAACAAAAAGAAAAACUAAUGUUAAAUGAAAUUAGGAUAAAUAACAAAAUAAGUAUGAUGGGCUAUUACAAUAUUGAGUGUGGGGCGGACUAUUGUGUAAAGUCCUAGAGUUUCUGUGUGUGUGCGUGUGAGCACACGUGUGUGUGAAAAGUAGGCAAAUCGGCAGGACAGAGUGUUCUUUCUUCCUUUUUAAACAGAGAGAACAGUGGUGGGAAAGGAUGAGGGAGCAAAGAGGCGAUGACGGGAGUCAGAGGGGAAAUGUCUUUUUGUUUAUACACAUCUGAAACUCACAGACACAAGGAACCGCAGACAAAGCUUUCGUAAGACAAAGGGUCAGAAACCACUGAUUUCAUCUCAUUGUGUGGUUUUGUUGUAUUGAUGUAUUUGUGUCUUGUUCAUCUGUGUUAUUUUGGUAGGUAUAAAUUAUCAUAAAACUGAAAUAUUCCAGAAAGUAAAAGUAUUUAAAUUGACGCUAUCUGAUUGUUACUGUAGUGCACAAAUCAUUGUUUUCAAAGUGCAUAGUGUUUCCAUCAGAGUGUGUGAAUAACAUUUUUCCAAAUAAACCUGGAAUUUUGUACAACUAA